UUGUUCUAUCUUUGUCAAGAUGCGGGGUUAAACACUUACUGGCCACGCAGAAGGGGGACAAGAACGGACCGUUGAGUUUGCACCCUUUAAAGACAAACAAUUCGGCACAAUAAUGCGUCAAUGCAAUAACUGCAUACGCUCGUUUCAUUAAGAUACUCACAACUUGUGUUCGAGAUAAAAUGCAGCGUAGAUACGGAUCAUGCUGACAGACCAAGUCCAAGUGGCAAAGAAACGGGCACUCAUAGGAGUCACUAUGAAACAUUAUUAUUGUUAUCAUAUAGUUCUGCUUUCUGCGAGUCAGGCUCGCGUAUACCGGCUGUAGUUAUAUGCGCAACAUGCUAAAACACGUAAGCGUAAAUAUUGUCCUGACACGAUUGCUUACCUUCAUCAGGCUUGCCAGCAUAGAGGCGCUUGGUCAACUUGUCAGUGCAAAAGUUUUGAAUCGAGUUGAAUAUGCCCAAGGCCGAGGACAAAUCAGGCACCGUCGCAAACUCUGUAAAGAUUUAUUUUUCAUUGAUGUGCUAUUAAGUGAUAACACCAAAGAGCAAGUCCUGUUUCGAAGUGACGACGGAACCUGCACUCGAGAAUUGGUGCAGGACACUUAUCGCACAGCACGACCAGGCAGCAUUAUCCGUGUCGACGUCGGAUUACCAACCGAUCCUGGAGAAACGACAUCCUAUAAAGUGUGGCAAUCUAAUGUACCUUUGACCAUGAUUAAACUUUACAACGAUCCAAAGACUUUUAUUGCCGAUCCACCACUGGGAAGCAAAGGACCUAAGCAGACGGUCGUACGGCAAGAUGGUACGACAAAGCAGAAAGCGGAUAUGUUUUGCAAGUUUUGGAUCAACCAGCGGGAGUGUGUCCGGUUACCAAAUUGUCCGUACCUGCAUCCGUCCGAAGAAGAAUAUGAGGAAGCACGCAAAACAUGGAUUGAGGAUCGUCUAGCAGUUCGAAAAAUCACAACGCAUGACCCAGACGAUCCACAUACAUCAAAAAAGUCGCAUGCCAUGCGGGCCAUGGUGUUUGUGCAAUGGAUCCAUCAAACGUUUGGUGACAUACUCACGGACGGUGUUGGUGUAUUGGACGUUGCAGGCGGCAAAGGCGACGUAUCCAUGUUUCUCAGUCACGCAUUUAAUAUACCAAGUACUGUUGUCGAGCCGGAAAUCCGAAAACGGCCAAACCAUUGGUAUGUACGGUUACGACGAUAUGCGUGUCGGAUAGCACGGAACGAGGAUCCGAGUAGCAAUACGCCCAUGGACGAAAAAUGGCCGUACGAAUUGGAGCCGACCUAUCUCGGUACACUUAUGGAUGACAAAUUUCUCGAAGACUAUCCGGAGAUUGUUGCAAAUACUGGGCUAUUAGUGGGAAUGCAUGCAGAUCAGGCGACGGAGCCUAUUGUGGAUAUGGCACUCAAGCUUAACAAAGCAUUCGCAGUGAUUCCAUGCUGUGUAUUUGGGCAUGAGAAUCGAGAUCGAAGGCUUAAUAACGGAGGAGAGGUAGUUACGACCGAGGAAUUUAUACAGUACUUGAUGGAAAAGGAUACCCGGAUACAAAAGUCAUAUCUAGGAUUUGAGGGCAAAAAUGUUGUACUUUACUAUUGGCCAUAAGAGCCUUAAACUAAAAUGUAAUAACAACAGUAAUCUUAUAACCGUUGUAAAAUAAUAGAAACUU